GACAAGCAGAGUCUAAAAUCCGUCCAGGAGGCCGUACCAACAAACUAUUAACUACACGUACUUGCACUUGUAGCGUCGUACACGGCAGACAAAGUAAAAUAAUAUAGUGUCGAUAUGUAAAAAAAAAAGUUAACUUGGCUCCUACGCUGGCCGUUCAACUGGAGGGGGGUAACAGAAUGGAGACAACACGGCACUCAGUUGUGGGUGCGUGCGCCUUUCCCGAUACAUUUGUGAGGGCUUAGCCGAAUGGUCUUUAAUGCCUCGUUCCCUUGCGCACGUAGCGUUCGCAGCUAAAGCCACUGUCAAAACCUGACGCGCUGUAGAAUAAUGGAAGAAGACGAGCCGAUGGAAUGCGAAUCCGGGGCGCAUCCAUGCCUAGAACAGAUAGAUUCUCUCUCAUUAAUAAUAAGCGCAGAAGAGGAGGAAGCCCAAAGGCACAGCGACUCCGGACUCCAUUCGGCAGGGGAAGACGGCCCGAUCAACGGUCACGGUACGGACGACGGCGAGGACGCGGCCACGCCCCUCUGCUCCCAGGGCACCAGCUACUGGAGCGUCAGCGAGGGCCCCGACUUCCCCUUCCUGCUGUCUCCGGCGCCCAAGCCCCCGGCGGCGGCGGCGGCGACGCCCCAGCGCAAGCUGUCCCAGCCGCGCUCGGAGCGGGCCUCCCGGCCGGGCCUGAGCCGCAUCCCGGGCCGGGACCACCGCCGGUACUACCACGAGUACUGGCGCAGCGAGUACCUGAUGGACUUCGACCCGCGGCGGCACGGCAUGAUCUGCAUGGUGUGCGGCAGCUCGCUGGCCACGCUCAAGCUCAGCACCAUCAAGCGCCACAUCCGCCAGAAGCACCCCGACUCGCUGCUCUGGAGCCUGGCCGACAAGGAGGUGAUCCGCUCGGGCUGGGAGAGCCACCUGAGCCUGGAGGGCGGGCAGAGGCCCUACUGCACGGAGGAGGGCGCGGGGCCGGAGGGCGUGCUGAGCUGCGCCCGGCGCUCCGCUGGUAAACCUGCGAGUCCCGGCACCCCGAAACGGCAGCCCUCGUCGGCGGGCAGCGCAGAGGAGGGGGCGGGGGCAGGGGGGGCCUCUCCGGACCCCUCGGCGAACACGCUGGAGCGCUACCUGAACGACUCGCUGCACGCCUGGUUCCGCCAGGAGUUCCUGAUGGAGUACGAGGCCGGGCGCGGCCGUCUGCUCUGCAUGGUCUGUGGCUGCCAGCUGCCCUCGCUGCACCUGGACCACAUCAAGCGCCACGUGCUGGACGUCCACCCCAACUCCCUGGUGUACAGCGCCGAGGAGAAGCACUGCAUCCUGCAGACCUGGGCCAAGAGGCAAGAAUACGAUCCCCUGAGAGGCAGCAUUCCUGUCAAAUCUGAGCCCUGCUCCGGGGAUGGGGGACCCCAGGGGGAUGGCUUACUCGCUGCGGAAUCGGGGAACGUGGAACCCGCCAGGAGCGCGGAGCCCGGGCAGGGAACGGGAGCGCCGAGCCGUGGCCCCAGGAGCCCCCGUGCCCCCCUCCCUCAGCGCUGGCGCCUGGAGUACCUGGUGGGCCGCGGGCCAGGGGGGCGGGGGCUGAGCUGCAUGGUGUGCUCCGAGCCCCUUCCCGUCGGCAGGGUCAGCAGCUUCCGCCGGCACAUGCAGGAGCGCCACCCGGAGGCGGCCAACCUCGGCCGGACCGAGCGCCAGGCCCUGGUGGACGCCUGGGACCAAGAGUUCACACCUCCGCUGCAGUCACCUCCACCACCACUGCUGCCUCUGCUGCUGCAUUCUGGAGGCGAAGACUUGCAAACGCAAGAAGAAACCGCCCCAAAUGUACCCACCAGCCUGGCAGAGAGGGGCACAGCCUCGUCCCCUCCCAAAACGGCAGAUCGACGCAGCAGCGGGACGGAUGAGGGGGGCGGGCCCAGAGAUGGGGCGAGGUCGACGUUAAUGGUAACGGCGAUAAGGCAGAGCCACUACCCGGGCAAGGACCAGCGGCGGAACUACCAGGUGCGCUGGCGGCUGGAGUACCUGAUGGACUAUGACUGCCGGCGGCAUGGCCUCAUCUGCAUGGUGUGCGGGGCGGCGCUGGCCACCCUCAAAGUGAGCACCAUCAAGCGCCACAUCCUGCAGGUGCACCCCGACUCGCUGGGCUACGGCCCCGCCGAGAGGCAGCAGGCCACGCUCAGCUACAACCAGACCGCGCUCCGCUUCGUCCACUCCGACGGCUGCUUCUCCCCCCGGAACCACGGGAGCGCCGGGAAUAUUGUCGGGAAUGCCGCGGGCCACCUGGGCCACGCCGCUGGGUUCUGUCUCUCCCCCCAGCACCCCCUGCCUUCCAGCUCCAAAAACAUACCAUGGGAAGGGGAGGGCUUGGAUGUGCCUUGACGUGGGGUUGCGACUGUCAGUCGUCUGUGUUUGACUGGAUUCAUGGGGAGGAGAAAGAAGCUCAUUGCAGACAUACCACAAAGAUAUCCACCCACCCAUCCAUUAUCUAGUUCACUUAUUCCUGGUCGAGGUUGCUGGUGGACUGGGGCCCAUCCCAGCAUCCGCUGAGGUGAGAGGCAGGAAUACACCCUAGACAGGUUGCCAAUCCAUCGCAGAGCACACACAGCAUUUACUCACACACCCUUUACCUAUGAGUACCUGGAGGAAGCCCACGCAGACACAAGGAGAAGAUGCAGGCUGAUGCACCAAAAAUAUGUUGUCCUUUAUUUGUACACUUGUUUCCCUGGAGGGAAAUGUUCUGAGAUCCACCCACCCCCCUCCCCUCCCCCCACUCUCUGCCUCACUCCCCUGUCCCCAUGGAGACCAACCUUCCCAUGAUGCACUGCAGAGUAGAAAAACACAGACGUAAAUGCCACUUGAAGAGUGUGCUCAAUAAUAAUCAUUUUUAUAUGACUUCUUCUAUGUUAAAGAAAAGCUGCCAUCACACAGCAGUAGCCUGUGAGUGCUGUUGAUUUAAUCUGAUCUAUGCUGCUCUGACUGAUUUCUUCCCAUAAUAAAAUGAAAUUGUAAGCA